AUGUCACAAAUAAUUGACAAUAUAAUAAAAUCUUCGCAAGAUAUCCGAGAUUACAGAGGAUUAGUGCUUAAAAAUGAAAUGAAGGUCUUAUUAGUGAGUGACCCUAUGGCCGAAAAGGCAGCUGCCUCAUUGGGUGUCAACGUAGGAUUUUUUAGUGACCCAGAAGAGUUGCCAGGACUUGCUCAUUUCUUGGAACACAUGCUAUUCAUGGGCACCGAAAAGUACCCAGACGUACAUGAAUAUAUGAAUUUUAUUAUUGACCAUGGAGGUUAUUUUAAUGCCAGUACAGAUACCCAAGAAACAAAAUAUAUGUUCAGCGUGGCACCAAACGCUUUUAAAGAUGCUCUAGAUAGAUUUUCUCAGUUUUUUAUCUCUCCCUUAUUUAAAAAUGAAACUGUCGAGAAAGAAGUGAAUGCUGUUAAUUCAGAGUAUAAAAAAAAUAUUCCUAAUGAUGAAGUGAGAGCAGACGCUAUCGAUCAGUUUUUGUGCAAUCCAUCACAUCCAUACCAUCACUUUAGUGUCGGUAGCAAAGAUACCCUUUUAGAUAUUCCGAAAUCGAAAGGCAUAGAUACCAGAGAAGCUUUAAUAAAGUUCCAUGAGCAAUGGUAUUCAUCGAAUAUAAUGGUAUUAGUAGUAAUAGGACAAGAAAACCUAGAUGAGUUGCAGAUAGUAGUCGAAAAUCUGUUCGAAGCUAUUCCAAAUAAAAAUAUAACAGCACCCAUAUGGACCGACUAUCCUUACACUCCUGAAAUAAUGGGUAUGAUCACCAAGGUAAUGCCAAUUCGAGAUCGACGACUAUUUAGAAUAGUAUUUCCACUUCAGGAUCUGAGAGCUUAUUAUUGUGUAGCACCAGAUGUGUAUCUAACACAACUUUUUGGGCAUAAAGGAAAAGGAAGUAUAUUGUCGAUCCUAAAAAAUCUAGGCUGGUGUACAGAUUUAACAAGUUAUUCUGACUCAGAAUUUGGCUUCGGUUUUUUUGUAAUUAUUAUUAAUAUGACAAAAGAAGGGUUGGAUCAUACUGGUGACAUAGCCACAAUAAUAUUUCAGUAUAUAAAUUUGUUAAAAAAAGAAGGUCCGCAACAAUCAUUCUACGAUGAAUGCAAAGCGAUAACAAACAUAAAUUUUAAAUAUGCAGAUAAAGAGAAUGAAAUAAUGUAUGCAUACAAGCUUAAUACAAAUAUGCUUUUGUACCCACUUCAAGAAGUCCUAAUUGGGGCGCAUACAAUGCGCAAUUUUGAUUCUGCAUUAAUUCAGUCAAUUGUAGAAACAUUUACUCCAGAAAAUUCUCGUAUAUAUCUAUUUGCAAAAGAGUAUGAAAAAGAGUGCGACAAAAAUGAUGAACCAUAUUUUGGUAUUGUGUACCAUACAGAAAAAAUCAGUAAUGAGAAAAUGGCAGAACUUGUAAAUGCUGGAUUCAACCAAGAUUUGCAUUUACCUCAACCAAACCGUUUCAUUCCUACAGAAUUUGAUAUGUCACCUUUGCGAAAUGUUACACCGUAUCCGGAAAUAAUGAUAAAUAAUCCUCAGUUGCGGCUCUGGUUUAAGCAAGACUCCGAAUUUUUAUUACCCAAAGUAAACAUUAAGCUAAAACUUGUACUUCCACUUUUGAUAAUAGAUCCUUCAAGUUAUAAUUCAACAUGUCUCUACAUAGAAGUACUUCAAGAUAUACUUAAAGAAGAAAUGUAUGAUGCUAGAAUAGCAGGUUUAAAUUGGCAUUUCAACUACAGCGAUCAGUUUUCGAGAGCAAUUACUUUUAAUUUUGAAGGAUAUAAUAGUAAAAUGUUUAUGUUUGUAUCUACAAUAAUGGAAAGCAUGAAAAAUUUUAAAAUCGAUCCAAAUCGUUUUAAUGUGAUGUUAGAAAAUCGCAAGCAGGAAUUGAAAAACUUUGAAGUCGGCUUACCGUAUUUACAGACCUUCUAUUACUUGAAUUCUUUACUAAGUGAAACGUUUUGGACAAAUGAGGAAAUGCUGCAUGAAUGCGACAUUGUAACUGCACAGUCUUUACAGGAUUUUAUACCAAAGCUUUUUUCUCAGAUGUAUAUUGAAAUGUUGGUCCAUGGCAAUUAUAAUAGAUCCCAAGCAAUGGAAAUAAGUAAGGUGAUUGACAAUCAUUUCGACUUACAAAAUAUGUUACCGAUUAACGCUAAACAAAAUCGUAUAAAUAGAGAGCACAAAUUACAGGAAGGUAAGCAAUGUGUAUUUAAAGCUGAACAUAAAUAUCAUUCGAGUUCUUGCACGACUAAUUUGUACCAAUGUGGUAUAAAUGACACAAAAAACUGCGUCCUCAUGCAGCUACUCGAGCAAGUUAUUCAACAGCCCUGUUUUGAUCGCCUAAGAACAGAAGAACAAUUAGGUUACAUUGUGCGUGCAUUAAUUAGGACCAGCUGCGGAACUCAAGGUUUAGCCAUAUGCACCCAAUCCGAAAAGCACCCGGCAUACGUUGACUCAAGGAUAGAAAGUUUCCUCAAACAUUUUACAACCAUCAUGGAAAAGAUGACACGCGACCAGUUCAAAGUAUACAAAGAAGCACUAGAAGUCAGCGUUCUGGAGAAACCUAAAAAUCUAUCGCAGCAGACCGAAAAGUUUUGGCGAGAAAUAGUAAAUCAAGAGUACUAUUUCAACAGAGAUGUCAUUAACAUGUCGUAUCUUAAGAAUAUUAAAAAAGAUCAAUUAUUUUCUUACUUUAAGGAUUAUAUUGAUGCGUCUGGAUUACUGAGAUCUAAGUUGGCAAUAUACGUUGAAUCAAAACUACAUCCAACAGAUGGUGUAGGGGAAGGAAUUGAGGAUACUAGUGAUAUGAGUGAUUAUGUUGAAAUAACAAACCCGGUAUUAUUUAAAAACAGCAUGGAUUUGUUUUCGAUUAGAAAACCUCGUAUAAAAUUCACUACAGAUGCCAUUGAAGCAUGUAAUUAA